UUUUUUUUUUUCACCUGCGUAUCAGCAAAACUUCGAAACAGCGGCUUUCUUUUUCAAAAGAGCGAACCAUCGACACCAACACGAAACGAACAAACGGUCCUCUAUUCAUUAUAUUUACAGAGGACAAUUAGCAGUUACAUUUUGCUAUAUAGCCAUCAAACCGCUUACACUUGACUUUGCCGCUUUAAUAUCGUACCUAUAGCCGGUUGGUUUUUUUAACAAAAAAAACACGCAAUCGAACGCCAACGCCAUUCGGAUCCGAUAUUUCCCUUUUUCUUCGAUCGUUUUUCCUCUCUUCUCUGUGUAAUCCGCUGCGCCCUUCCCGAUAACACAAAAGAGAACACCAUUUUUUUUGGUCAGCAUAAUACUAUAACUCAGUAAUCGCUCGUCGCCUUAGUCAUGGACCAAAUAGAACAAGCUGUAAUCUACGCAUUGGGACCUCAGGUCGAUCCGAAUCUGAAAGCACAGGCAAACGCUUACUGUGAACAAGUAAAGAACGCGGCAGAAGGUUGGCAAAUGUGCCUUCAACUGUUUAUGAAGCAGCCUAAAGCUGUUGCAGAAGCACGUUUCUUUGCAUUGCAAGUGCUGGAAAACACACUUCAAAAUCGAUACGAGACGUUGGAUAGUAAUGCUGUAGAGUAUAUUCGACAAACAAUGAUGGAAUAUCUUCGACGAGAGUUUGUUGACAACACCGAUAGUGCUUCUGAAGAAAACUUUAUUCGCAACAAGGCCGCCCAAUCUUUGACGCUUCUUUUCGCACACGUAUACCCGAACGUUUGGCCGACCUUUUUUAAGGAUGUUAUUGCACUUGUUCAGACCCCAUCCGGUUCCUCUAGCCACGAAAAGGCAGCCGAUUUCUUUUUACGCCUAUGUAUGAGCAUCGAUGAAGAGGUCGCUCGCCUCGAUAUACCGCGCAACCGAGAUGAGGUCGUUCGUAACACAGCCAUCAAGGACCAUAUGCGAUUGGGUGAUAUUCAAAUCCUAGCAUCGUUUUGGUUUGAGUUGUUGCAAGAAUUUCGAACGCAAAAUUCAAGCAUUGGUCAACUUGCGUUGAGAAAUAUCGGUGCUUAUGUGUCGUGGAUGGAUAUCUCGCUUGUGGUGAAUGAUCAAGUGAUGAGUGCGUUGUAUGAACUUUUGGGCGACUCGAAUUUGCGAAUUGCAGCCGCUGAAUGUUUGGCUGAUGUGGUUAGCAAAGGCAUGCAGCCCUUGGACAAAUUGCAAAUGAUUCAGAUGCUUAGUUUGACUGACACGUUGGGACGAUUGGAUCGCUCUGAUCCAGAGUUUGUUGAACACCUCGCUCGUCUAACGAAUGUUAUCGGCAUCGAAUUGUGCAAAAUCUAUAUGGAUGGCUCAGUGCAAGAUGAUGGAAAAGCCGCUGCAUAUGCUUUGAUAGAGCAGGCAGUUCCAUUUCUACUCGAAUUCUUGGGCAACGAAUAUGACGAUACCUCGACUGCUGUAUUUGCAUUUGUAAACGACAUGCUAGCCAUCUUCAAGAAACAAAAGCGAGCCAUGCAGCCAUUUUCUCAAUCGCAACAAGAGUUUCUCGGUCGACUAUUGGAAGUUGUCAUUCGGAAAAUGAAGUACGACGAUGAAACAGAUUGGGGCAAUGAAGAGGAUGAGCCUGAGGAAGAAGCACUUUUUGCAGAACUUCGAAAGAACUUGAAAAUCUUUGCUGAUCACAUUGCAAUUAUCAACGAAGAGCUGUACAUCAACUAUGUACACUCUGUCGUCAUGGAUACCUUGCAAAAGUACAAGGUUGGAACUAGUCUGGAUUGGCGUACAGUAGAGCUGUGUCUCCAUGUAUUGUUCACAUACGGUGAAGCCCUUCCAAAGGGUGCAAUGCAAUUUGUCAGUCCCAGCGAUCCUAGUGUGCUUUCUCCUUUGGGCGAGAUGGUCUCAGAAGUCGUUACAUCGAAUAUUUCGGCAUAUCAACAUCCAUCGGCAGCGCUACAAUUCUUUGAGGACAUUGCACGGUACUAUCAGUUCUUUGAUCAUCGUCCUGACCAUCUUCCUCAGGUGCUGAGUGCAUUCGUGGACGCACGCGGCUUGCACCAUCCUUUAAAGCAGAUUAGAUCACGAUGCUGGUAUCUUUUCCACCGGUUUGUAAAGAAUCUCAAAUCUCAGAUGAGUCAAUAUGUGGAUACAAUUUUGAAUUCCAUUGGAGAUCUCUUGACUGUGCAAGCCGAAGUACCUGUCGAGUCAAACACGGCAGAGGGCAUGCCUAUUCCGGCCGCAUCUAUGUUUGAUAGCCAGUUGUACCUGUUUGAAACAGUGGGCAUGCUUAUUUCAUUGGACGGCAUGGAUGUCAUGAAGCAGACAGAGUAUCUCAAAAUUGUGCUUGAGCCGCUUGUGGAAGGCAUUCGAAAGUACAUGGAGCAAGGCUAUAAUCCCGAGGACGAGCUUUAUUUGAUUCAGUUACAUCAUUAUAUCACGGCUAUUGGCAGUGUAGCAAAAGGUUUCCCAUCUACUCCCAAGGAAUCCGGAUGCACACAACCAUGGGCAGUUGUGUUCAAGCAGGCAACCGAGGUUAUUUUGAACGCAUUGCAAGCCUUUAACCAGUUUGAGGUGAUCCGCGAUGCAGCACGCUUCUCAUUUGCACGACUUAUCAACUGCCUUGGUUCCGAAUUGCUUCCUUAUUUGCCAGCAUUCAUCAGUGGCCUAUUAACUGAAUGUCAAGUACCUGAACUCGUCGACUUCCUUCCAUUUAUUGGCAUGAUUUCAUUCAAAUUCAAGCCCAUGAUUGAAAACAUAACCGACGAACUCCUCUUGCCACUAGUAAAACGCGUCUUUGAUUUUCUCAAUACCUCUCCCAGCGGCACCGACGAAGCACUGCUCCUCAUCGAUCUUCGCAAAGCAUACCUCAACUUUAUUCUAAGCUUAUUCAAUGCAGAUCUACAAGGCGUCUUUAUUAGUGAACGGAACAUUGAACACCUCAACACGAUCCUUCAAACUAUUUUACAUUUUGCAAAGAACAACGACGACCCGGCCACCCAAAAGAUGGCAUUUGCAGUAUUCAUGAAAAUGAUCAAUACCUGGGGCGCUGGUGAGGGCAUUGCUGGAUUCAGUCAGUUUGUAUACAAUGAACUUGUUCCAGCAACAUUUACAGUGCCUAUGCAUGCGUCGUUUAAUGUUGCAGACGGUCAAUCUAUACUGGUGUUUGGUGAAAUGACAAGCAUCCAAAAGACAUUAUACAGCAAGCACGGCAACGAGUUUUUAGAGUAUAUGAAUAACGUGUUCUUGCCAUCUAUGCAGUGCCCCCCCGAAACAGCACAAAAUUACUGUCAGGCACUGCAGCAGUAUGAUAACAGAGCGUUCAAAAAGUAUUUCCAGACAUUCAUUUCAGAAGCAAAGAGCUAAAGAAAACUGUAUUCAAGCCUAUAAACCACAACCACAGAAACAUAUACAUACACUUUAUAUACAAGAACAACCCUCACACGCACACACCACUGUUACUUUUUUCUUCUUCUUACUCGCUACUAUAUACUCAUUCAUUCACUCAAUCACUCACUCGCUCGCUCACUCAUUACGCUAUAUACACUCACAAAGACUAUACAGCAAAAAAGCGCGCACACACCCCACAAUCACCCGCAUCGAUAAUAAUAAAAUAAAAGUAAAAUCCUUAAACAGU